AUGCUAACCCAGGAUGUUGGAGUCCAAACUGAUGCUUAUCAGAAUGGGGAAAGACCUCUUGGAGAACUUCUAAGUUUGAGUCAUCCAGUUGAUUAUCAAACGCCUUCAACACAAUUUAUGCUACAAAUGUUUAACAUUCUUCAAAAAGGGAUGCCACUUGCAAGAGCGGCAGGCAGAAAUCGGAACACAGCUGAUUUCGAGAAAGCUGACACCAUCAGGAGCUUCACUGCUAAAGGUAUAACACAAAAGAUUGUAAGAAAGAGACUUGAGUUAUCAUUCAAGAUCCCAGGUCUGCCCAAGAAUGAGCAUCUCCGAUUAGCCGAGUUCCGGUGCAAACGCACUGCCCUCCCUUUAAAGAAGUACAGGGUCAAGGUCAUCUUUUUCAAGGGACCCAAUGUCGCACGAAAAGUACUUUUGGAUACUUACAAACUCAAAGAGCAUUCUGCUUCCGAGGGAUUAGGUAAUAUGGCAACACGUGGUAAAAGAUCGAUCCGUGGCACAAAUAGAGGUCGACAACAGAAGAACAGAAGAUGGAAGAAAUCAGGGAAGAAACAAAGCUGUCGUCUGUACGACUUUGAAGUGGAUUUCACAACAAUCGGCUGGGGACAGUGGAUCAUCCACCCUACACGCUUCAACUCCAAAUUCUGUUACGGAAACUGUCCCUCCCCUAUCGAUAUGCGAUUGAAACCCACCAACCACGCCAUGUUGCAGUCACUCAUGAGGAGCAAACGUUCCAAAGUUGCACCCGCCCCUUGUUGCGUCCCCACUAAACUGGAACCUCUCAGUAUGAUGUACGUAGAGGAUGGCGAAGUGGUUGUGCGCCAUCACGAGGACAUGAUCGCCUCUGAAUGUGGAUGUCGAUGA